AUGUUUGAUAACUUUUAUCAAAAUCAAAAGCUACUUCGCGAUGAACCUGAAGUAACCGAUUUUUUAAAAGCAAAGUUAGGAGUUAAUUUUGAUGGCACCGAACGAGAAUUUACUGGUUUUAUGGCAAGUUUUUUGAUGGAGUAUAAUGUAAUGUCCUUCGAUAUCAACCCAAUAGACCCUAAUCACGAUGCCAUAAAAAAAGUUCUAAGACCAGAUUCCCUUUUCGAACCAGGAAUUCAAGAUGCUGUUCGCGAAUAUCUUGAAAUCGCAUCCGAAGGAAGUACUGCAAUAUUCUCUUCAUUGGUCGUAUCAUACAGAGGCUUUCCUAGCAGAGCUAAUGUCUUGAUGAAAAUGAUAAAUACUUUCUCCGAUCCGAGUCAAUCUAAUCCGGAAGAUGCAACGGCAAGAGGUCGUGAAGAAGGAUUCGAAUGUUUGAAGAAAGUUUUAAAGACAAAGUAUGAUGCCAAAAAAAUAGAUGAAGCUCUUUUAAUAAAUGGCGGCGGGUCUUUAAAUCCGGUGUUAGAACUUAUAAAUAAAGUUGAAUGGCGAAAAGUGAUUUAUGAUCUGUCAGAGAAAUAUCCCGAUAGUCAGUUCUUAAACGUUUUGAUUCAAAGAAUAGCUGAUCGAGGUUAUGUUGGUGAAAUAAAACAUCUUAAAACCGCAUCAACUUAUAUCGGAGUAUAUUCGAAGGUUUUGCUUGAUCAAUUUGAUACGUUAAUGGACGCAGAUGAUGCUAGUUUAUCUAAAUUUUUACCAGAUUUGGUGGUUGAAAACAGCGGGUCAGUGCCCACACACAUAUCUUUUUGUUCAAACGUUAAUAAAGCGGCUGAUUCAAGUACCGAAUGUAAUGAUCUUGUGGUAACUUUGAGAAAUUUGUUAUCAGCGCCGCCACCUGCUAUUGCAACAGCUAUACUACAUAUACCCCCAACUCCUGGAGAUGUUGUUGCGUUGCAUAGGCAUUAUAAUUCUGCGACACCACCUUCUCCAAUAUUUCUACGCGAUCCUCAAUUACUUUAUUGGUUAUUGAAUAACAUAUUCGUGCCUUCUGAUAAAAAUAAAAACUUGAAGCAAGAUCUUAAGGAAAAAUAUUUGUAUUUGGCAGCUUUUGCUUCAAGUGCCAAAGAGUUAAUUAAUGGAGAGAUUGAUUCUUCACAGGUGGAUAGUACCUUUACAACACUUAAAAAACUUGAAGCCGCUGUAUCUAGGAAAGGUGCAACUACUACUGAAUUCGGUAGUAUUGUCAAAGAAAUUUUAGAAUAUAUGGACACUCCGAUAGCCUCAAUGGCUCUGAUAUUUUGGAUUAAACACUUAUUACGCGAUACAUCAUUUUACGAGAAGCAUUUCAAACAUCAUGAAGUGCCGAUUCCUCAUUUGCUUCUUGAAGAGAUUGCAUUUCGUCACCCUUACCAACGAACACACGUUUUUAACGCGUUCAAAGCCGAAUUGGAAUCCAGUUCAUGGAAACUUACACCAGAAAUUAUGUUAGGGCUGCGUCAACAAUUGUUGGAUCGUAUGAUUUAUUUGAUACAGCUUGGAUUUGUUAUUCAAGUCGUGUCGUAUAUUGAAAAGCAAGCGAGAAAAUUGGAUGAGAAAUUGCUGAUCUAUUUUGUCAAAAAGGUCGUUCAAAUGAGUGGAUCACCUUAUUCAAAAGAUUUUUAUAGUAUAAUGAUUAAGUUGAUCGAACCAAUUGAUAGUACAUUAGAAGCUCAAACGGAUACAAGAUCAUUGAUUAGACAAUUCCUUGGUGAUUGCCCUCAAGAAUUAAACGAUAAUGAUUCCGUUUUUAGAUUAAAACAAUUGUUUUGUAAAGACUAA